CUCGCCUCCACCACCUACAAAACCACCGCGCUCCGCCGCCGCUCCUACAUCCACUCUCCCUCUCCACUCCCCAAUCCCUUUCCUCAUCGCCUUCAGAGCCCCUUUCUCCUUCAUGUGCAAAUCCAAGAAGAAAAUAUUCAAACAAGUCAUCCAACCCACCCCAAAAUCGCCAUCUUCAUCAUCAACUCAAACGAAAAACACCUCCCAAACUUCAUCCUCCUUCUCCACCGGCUCCGAAGAUAUCAUCAUUCCCAGCACCACCUCCACCUCCACCCGCUCCACCGCCUCCCCCCGCACCAACCUCUCCAGCAUCCGCGAAACGGUCCUACCCAACCAGACCCAAAUCUAUGACCUCCAGGAAAUCUGCGCUGCCACCAACAAUUUCCUGCUCAAGCCACAUUCUUCCUCGUCCUCCUCCACGGCGUGGCUGCGCAGCGUCCGCGAUCAGCAGUCGUUAGUCGUGCAGCGGCGCUUCCGCCGCCAAUUGGACACUGCACAGCUCGUCGAACGCCUCUCGGUAAUCUGCAAGAGCCAUCACUCUAGCUUGAUUAAGCUCAAGGGGGCUUCAAUUUCCGGUGGUUAUGCAUAUUUGGUGUACGAUUACGUUGCUGGUGCUAGUCUCUCUGAUUGUUUGAAAAAUCGAAAUAACCCUAAUUUUACGGUGUUGUCGAAUUGGGCGUCUCGCAUACGCGUUGCAUCAGACAUAGCGCACGGCUUGGAUUAUGUCCAUAAUUCGACUGGAUUAGGAUUUGAGUUCGUUCACAAUCAUAUCAAGAGUAGUAGCAUUAUUGUUGUUGAGCCGGAUUUGCAUGCUAAAAUUUGCCAUUUUGGUACAUCCGAGCUAUGUGGUGAGAUCACGAGGGAAAAUGUGGGGCUUAGUAAGAUUGAUAAAUUUGAAGGGACUCGAGGGUACAUGGCCCCGGAGUUUCAAAGAAGUGGGAUUGCCACACAGAAAUGCGAUGUUUAUGCAUUUGGGGUAGUGAUUCUUGAGCUGGUAUCGGGGAUGGAGGCGUUGACGUAUAGAGUUGAUGAGGAGAGUGGGAGAUAUGUGAGGAUAUCGGUUGUGGAUGCAGGGAGAGAGGCGGUGGAGGGUGGCGGAGGCGGGUUGAGGCAGUGGGUGGACAAGAGGCUGAAGGACUCUUAUCCGGUGGAGGUGGUGGAGAGGCUAACGCGGUUGGCAUUGGAUUGUGUGGCUGAUGAUCCAGUCACCCAAGACAUUACAUGUCCUGUUACUCAUUCAAUUCACAUAGAUCUAGACCUUUUAAGUCAUCGAACCAAAGGAGAAUUUCAAUGUUUAUUAAUUGUACAACUCACCAUGGUUAUUGUGUUGAAAUCAAAUUAA